GGAGGCUGUGACGUUCAAGGACGUGGCGGUGGUCUUCACGGAGGAGGAGCUGGGGCUGCUGGACCCUGCCCAGAGGAAGCUGUAUGGAGACGUGAUGCUGGAGAACUUCAGGAACCUGCUCUCUGUAGGGCAUCAACCCUUCACUCCAGAUGUAAUACUCCAGUUUGAGAGAGAAGAAAAGCUUCAGAUGAUAAAGACAGCAACCCAGGGCCACUGUGCCUCAGGAGACAAGAAUCUAAAUGACCUGGAGACUCUUCAGGAAAUUGGAUUAAAAUACCUCCCACAUGAAGAGCUGUUCUGCUCGCAAAUCUGGCAACAGGUUACAAAGGAGUUAACCCAGUGCCAAGAUUCCAUGGUCAAUAUUCAAGGAACUGGCUCCCAGUUGGAAAAACGAGGUGAUGCACUCUAUAAAGAUGAAGAGUUUGGUAAAGGCUUUACUCAGAGUUCACAUCUUCAGGUUCACCACAGAGACCACACGGGAGGAAAACCCAACCAGGGGGAGGAGCGUGAGAAAGGUUUCAUUCAGCGCUGUCAUCUUCAAACUAACCAGACAGCUCAUGUAGGAGAGAAGCCCUAUAAAUGUGAAAAAUGUGAAAACACCUUCCGUCGACUGUCAAGCCUUCAAGCCCAUCAGAGGGUCCAUGGCAGAGAGAAAUCAUACAAGUAUGAUACGUCAUGUAAGGGUUUCAGACAGAGGUCAUAUCUUCGCCAUCAUCAGAGAGUUCCCCCUGGAGAGAAUCCACACAAAUUCGAGGAAUGUGGGAGGAAUGUUGGGAAAAGCUCACAUUGUCAAGCUCCUCUGAUAGUCCACACAUUAGAGAAACCUUAUAAAUGUGAGGAGUGUGGCCUGAGCUUCAGUCAGAGCUCGUAUCUUCAAGUGCACCAGAGAGUCCACAUGGGAAAGAAACCUUAUAGAUGUGAAGAGUGUGGGAAGGGCUUCAGUUGGCGUUCGCGACUACAGGCUCAUCAGCGAAUCCACACUGGAGAGAAACCAUACAAAUGUGAGGCAUGUGGCAAGGGCUUUAGUUACAGCUCGCACCUUAACAUUCAUUGUAGAAUCCAUACAGGAGAGAAACCCUAUAAAUGUGAAGAGUGUGGGAAAGGCUUCAGUGUAGGUUCACACCUUCAGGCCCAUCAGGUAAGCCACACUGGAGAGAAACCUUACAAAUGUGAGGAAUGUGGGAAGGGCUUCUGUCGGGCCUCAAAUCUUCUGGACCAUCAGAGAGGCCACACUGGAGAGAAACCAUAUCAGUGUGAUGCAUGUGGAAAGGGCUUCAGUCGUAGCUCAGAUUUUAACAUUCAUUUCAGAGUCCAUACAGGAGAGAAACCCUAUAAAUGUGAGGAAUGUGGGAAAGGCUUCAGUCAGGCCUCAAAUCUUCUGGCCCAUCAAAGAGGCCACACUGGAGAAAAACCAUACAAAUGUGGUACAUGUGGGAAGGGCUUCAGCCGGAGUUCAGAUCUUAAUGUUCAUUGUAGAAUCCACACCGGAGAGAAACCCUAUAAAUGCGAGAAGUGUGGUAAGGCCUUCAGCCAGUUCUCGAGUCUUCAGGUGCAUCAAAGAGUCCACACGGGAGAGAAACCAUAUCAGUGUGCAGAGUGUGGGAAGGGCUUCAGUGUGGGUUCACAGCUUCAAGCCCACCAGAGGUGCCAUACUGGGGAGAAACCAUAUCAAUGUGAGGAGUGUGGGAAAGGAUUCUGUCGGGCGUCAAAUUUUCUGGCUCAUCGUGGAGUCCACACAGGAGAGAAGCCAUACCGGUGUGAUGUGUGUGGUAAACGCUUCAGACAGAGAUCCUAUCUUCAAGCCCACCAGAGGGUCCACACCGGAGAGAAACCGUACAAAUGUGAGGAGUGUGGUAAGGUCUUCAGUUGGAGCUCAUACCUUCAAGCCCAUCAGAGAGUUCACACUGGAGAAAAACCAUAUAAAUGUGAGGAGUGUGGGAAGGGCUUCAGUUGGAGCUCAAGUCUUAUAAUUCAUCAGCGAGUGCAUGCUGAUGAUGAGGGUGAUAAGGACUUGCCCUCCCCGGAGAAUUCACACAAGAAAGAAGCUCGAGAAAAAGUCCAACAUGAGAUGGAGACUAUUCUUAAAGCAGAACCACAUGAAGAACUUUCCUGCUGGCAAAUCUGGCAACACAUUGCUAAUGACUUAACCCGGUGUCAAGACUCCAUGAUAAAAAGUUCUCAAUUCUACAAACAACGCGAUUUACCUGGCCAGGUUGGGGCAGGACUGUCUAUAACUCAGACAGGCCAGAGAACUUACCAGGGAAAUGGGUGUAAAAAAUUCUUCAGUGAUACCUCCAACUAUGAUCUUCAACAGUUAAACUCAGAAGAGAAGUCUCAUACAUGUCAUGAGUGUGGGAAAUGCUUCUUUUAUAGCUCAGCACUUCGUAUUCAUCAGAGAGUUCACCUGGGAGAGAAACGGUAUAGAUGUGAUGAGUGUGGUAAGGAAUUCAGUCAGAGCUCACAUCUGCAAACCCAUCAGAAAGUCCACACUGUAGGGAAGCCAUUCAAAUGUGAGGAGUGUGGGAAAGGCUUCAGUCGUAGAUCAGAACUUAGUAAUCAUUGCAGGUUACACUCGGGAGAGAAACUUUAUAAGUGUAAGGGAUGUGGGAAGGCCUUCAUUAAUGCUUGCCAUCUUCAGGACCAUCAGAGAGUCCACACUGGGGAGAAGCCGUUCAAGUGUGAUAUCUGUGGUAAGAGCUUUCGUCGUAGAUCGGCACUUAAUAGUCACUGUGUAGUCCACACAGGAGAAAAACCGUACAAAUGUGAGGAGUGUGGGAAGUCCUAUACUUGGCGUUCACGUCUUCGUAUCCAUAAGAAAGUUCACAUGGGACAGAAACCACACAAAUGUGAGGAAUGUGGAAAGAGCUUCUUUUCUAGGACACAUCUUUAUUACCACCGGAGGUUCCACACAGAGGAGAAACCCUAUAAUUGCAAGGAAUGUGGGAAGAGCUUCAGAUGGGUCUCACCUCUUUUGACACAUCAGCGAGUCCACAGUGGAGAAAAACCAUUCAAAUGUGAAGAGUGUGGGAAGGGAUUUGGUCAGAAAUCAUGCCUGCAAGCUCAUCAGAAAGUCCACACCAGAGAAAAACCAUACAAAUGUGAGGAGUGUGGGAAGGGCUACAAGACAAGCUUGGAUCUUGAUGUGCACCAGAGUGUCCAUAUGGGAAAGAACCCAUACACCUGUAGGGCAUGUGGUAAGCACUUCACUAGGACCUCAAAUCUUAAAGUUCAUCAGAGAGUCCACACUGGAGAGAAACCGUACAAAUGUAGUAUGUGUGGUAAGGUCUUCAGUCAGUCUGGACAUCUAAAGUCCCAUCAGAGAGUUCACACAGGGGAGAAACCUUAUAAGUGUAAGAUAUGUGGUAAGCAGUUCAGUUCAAGUUCCUAUGUUAAAAUUCAUCACAGAAUCCAUGCUGGUGAUAAAUUUCAUCCAGUCUCAUAGGAGGGAAACCAUUUGUUUCAGUAACAAUGUUUCUGCCAUAGCUGAAUACAUCCUGGUGAUCCCAAGAUCACACAAAUGGUGCAAUGAGGACUUUAGUUAGAACCUUAGCAGUUGUAGUUUUCACUCAAGAAACUGGCUGAAAUAAUCUUUCUUUAGGCACUUAUCAAACUCUAAUGGUGGAUAUUAAAAUUGAUGUCCCCUGAAAUACAAGCUUCGUGAGGGCAGGGAGUUUAUUUGCUGUUGAAUUUAUACAAUCAACAUUGAGUAGCACUCUGUAUGUGCAUUUAGUACUUGCUAAGUGAGUCAAAAGGAAGAGAGAAUUAGGGAAGAUAGCAGAGUAGGAGGAUCCUAAGCUUUCCUCCUCCCAUAGAUACAGCUAGACAACAGUCACAUCAGCGUAAGUAACCCAGAAAUGGCCUGAAGACUGGCAUAACAAACUCAUCAACUAAAGGUAGAGAAGAGGCAAUAUCAAAGAAGGUAGGAAGGGCAAAGAUGCAGUUUGAGAGUGAAACAGACUGUGGCCAUCUGUGCUGGGGACAGAGCUGGUGAUGUGGAGAAGGCAAAAAACAGAUUAUCACAGGGGGGAGACCACAUGGGGAAGACAAAUCCCCGUAACAUUUGGCUUUGAAAGUGAGAGGGGCCAAAUUUCAUGAGUUCUUACAACCAGUGUGACUUAAAGCCUGGAUUUUCAAUGUCUGUGGGCUGGGCUCUGGGAGAGCAUGACAACCAACCAGUGGAGGUACAGCCAGGAAUCAGCAGUUUGAAAAAUGCCAGGGGCAGACGGGAGAGAGAUUGACUUACUCAGGGCAUGGCCUGGAGAGGCAGGGACCCCUCCAGGAACAAAGGAGCUGGUAGGCGCCACUUCCCUCCACAGCCCCCUGGCAUGAACACAUGGCCACCUGCCGGAACCAGCGUGGUGCCAACACUCCUUACCUAACUUGCUUACACGGAGCCCCGCACCCCUGUGGUCCAGUGGAGCCGCCUUUCCCCAUCACACUCGCUUCAGUCCUGGCACUGCAAGCCCCCUCCCCCGGGAGAUCAGAGCAAACCCCACGAACCCCGCAUCUGACCUGCACGUUUCAUGGGAUAUCACGUCCAGAGGUGGCCGUGGCAGCAUCCAGACCAACCCACAUUAGGAUGUGCCCCACCCGCUGAAGACCAAACGCUGCCCACAACGGGCAGAGCGCCUCCGCAGAUGACUGAAGGAAGAAGAGGCCAGGACGCAGCGGCAGGCACAGGCAACACGCUUAGGAGACGCUCCCUGAAGCGACGGUUCCCAGGGAGCAGGAGACCAUGCACUGCAGGGCAGUACAGACCCCUUCGUGAGGCCGUUACCUCUGAGAGUCAAGAGACACAGCUGACUAAUAACACACAGAGAUAGAGACAAAAUGAGGAGGGGGGUAUCUCCAAAUGAAAGAACAGGACGAAACCACAGGAAGAGACCUAAGCAAAACGGAUGUAAGUAAUAUAUGCCAGAUAGAGAAUUUAAAGUAGUGGUCAUAGAGAUACUCACUGGACUUGAGAAGAGUGAAGGACAUAGGGAGAACCUUAGCACAGAGAUUAAAAAGAACCUAUCAGAGAUGAAGAACACAGUAAAACACUUGAUGGAAUAAGUAAGCUAGAUGACAGAGGAAUGAAUGAAUGACCUGGAAGGCAGAGUAAUGGAAAGUAAUCAACCUGAGCAAAUAAAAAGAAAAAAAAUACGCAAAUUGAGGAUAGUCUUAGGGAAAAUUUGUUUGAAGAAAUAAUUGCUGAAAAAUUCAUCUUUGUGGGGAAGGAAACAUAGAUCCAGGAGGCACAGAGAGCACCCCAAAAAUCAGCCCAAGAAGGUCCAUACUGAGACACAUAGUUCUUAAAAUGGCAGAAAGUUGUGAUAAAAUAUUUUAAUCAGAGAAAAUGUGCAAUAUUUAAAAAUUGUAUCUGGAAAAGGAAACCAGCAAAAAAAAUAAUUCUGAGAAACAAAGAGGAAUUGAAAUGGAGAAAUACACAGUACUGCAUUCCACAGCAUUAUUUUGGUAGUAUCCUAUUGCAGUUGGCUCUUGGUAUACCCUCAGCCUCUAGUCUGUGGUUGGGUUAUUUUUUGGGUCUUGAUUUCGUGUUCCAUUGGUUUAUACAGUAGAAAAUCAACUCUUUUGUGAUUUUUCUCACAUUGCAGACAAUUUUAACUAUGAUAACUGGCCACUGCACAUAGCUUAAUUGAAUUUUCUCAACAAUGUUAAGGCAAGGGUUCAAAGUAACAUUAAAAGUGUCAGAGUAAUGAUAAAAAUUUUAAUUUUGAGUUCAUCAUUGAUUUUUAAAUUUCUGCAUUUCUGUGUAAUCUUUUAUAUGAUUGCCUUCUAAUUGUAGCACUUUUUUUCUUUUUUUAAAUCAAACUUCUCUGGUAGAAGCUAUGCCAAAUUUGAAGGACAUUUAGCUUGUCAGCUUCCCAUAUUCUUCCCUCAUCCCCAUGAAAUAAAUAAUAGAAAAAUUUGGGAUUUGGUGGUUUCAUCAGAUAUAUUAAUUACUGAUGCAGAAAUGACAGUUACAUGUUUUUCUUUCUUGGUGGCAAUACAUAUCUUUUGAAAAGCAGUAUAUAACGGAAUGUGUAACAUGCAACUGUGAUCUGGAAAUCAUACUAUAGAAAUACAUGAUUAUGAGAUUCAAACAAUGAAAAGAUGAAAAUCACAUCAUUAAUGUCACACAGUUUUUAAAUGGAAAUAACAAAUGUUCACCAAUAAGAAUUUGUUUAAAUUUCAUAUGAUCCCAUAAUAAUAUGGGGUGUUUGAGGUAAUGUCAAGGACAUGUAAUAUCAGGAGAACAUAAUACAGGCUUUGUGAAAUCAGACCAUAGCCUUCAUAGUAUAAUAAAAUUCAUAACUCUCUUGUGUA